UCGAAACCAGUCUGGCAGCCUUUGAGCAAUUGUUGAAAUUUUUCGGACGUUUCGCACAACUUUCGCUCUUCUUCUUCAGCACCAGCAGCACUAGGCGGAGGAGGAACGACCUUGCGGGUGUCAAAGGGAUUCUUGUAGUCGAUUGGGAUCAACGUCUUGUAAUCGUGCUGAUAGGUACUUUCCAUCGGCCCGUAACUCGCCGAGUGAUUCCAAAAUAAAGUUGACGCAGGCGGUUGGGCUCUGACUGUUGGGCAAAUCACAACCGGCUUCCGGUAAUCGUGUUGGUACGUGCUCUCCAUCGGACCGUAACGGAUAGCUGGAUUCCAGAGCUUAGCCGACGGAGUCCGAAUCUGAGCCGAUUUAAUUUGUCGCAAACGAACAACUAAUCUGUUUUCUUCAUCCUACUGGAAUAAUCCAUUUAUGGCCAUGAACUGGUACACUCAACUUUCUCCGGCUUGCCAGGCAGCAGCCACAGCUAUUCCAGAAUUCAUUCUAGGAAUCCUCUUUUGCGGAAUGAUUGCGCUGGCGUGGAAGACGGCAGUUUGGAUCCACCGGUCCACAUUCCGAGUUGUGUUCAUGUGCCGAGUGUCGGACGUCUUGCGAUUCCUCUUCUCAGCCGAAAAUAAUAAGAACAAUCGAGAAUAUGUCAUCCGACUGAUGAUCCACGAAAGUUCAACUCGACUCGAUUACGACGACGGCCAGUGCGCCAUUUGCCUCGGCCCUCACGUCAAGAAAUCGCGGACCACUUGCGGUCACGUUUUCUGUUUGAAAUGUCUCGUCCAAUGGUCCCGGGUCAAAUUGGAAUGCCCGACCUGCAAGCACCCGUUCGACGCCUUUUGCAAAGGAUUCCAACCGUUUGACAACAACUAUUACGCCUUGCAGCAAUUCGAACGAGGGAAUCUCGAUCACAUUUUCAUCGAGCUGCUGCUGGUUGUGCUGUUGCCGGCCGCCAUCAUCGGAUGGACCGUUUACUUCGCCGCGGGAUGGAUCAUGUUGAAAAUUCUGAAUUACGCCAUAUCGUCGCAGACGGUCACCCAGUUUCUGGCGUUCAGGACGACAGUCAAUUCGCACGGGCAGUCCCGGUGA